AUCCUUGCUUCGUUCGUUCCUGCGGGCAAACAUUGGUUUCUCUCCUUAGCCAAGCCUUCGCCUGCUUGAACACUUGCAAAGAUCAAACGUUAUUUUUUUUUCUUAAUUUAAAAAAAAAAAAAAGGAAAUGGAAAACUCAAAACCAAAUGUUAUUGUUCCCUAUCAUGAUCCCACUGCCGACGACCAGCCUAGCGCGGAACAACUUUUAGAUUUCGGUAACGAAGACGCUCCGUCGCUGGGUUACGACAGAAACCUGGGGUUUGAUCAAAAUGCUCAAGUUCCUAGGCCGAGUAACAUUAAUCCUUUGCCGAAUUCGGGUCAAGAUGUUGUCGUCGGUUCGUAUACUCUUGUCCCGAUCUCGGCUCCUGUUUUUGGUCCAUUUGAUACUAGGUUUGCUAGUUCAAGCAGAUCCGGGCCGCCUUCAACCAAUUUCAUGCCUGUUCCUCCGGGUCAGCAUCUUGCCGAUCCGACCAAUCUUGGGGCGAGUCCGAGUAAUGUUGUUCCCGGCUUGAAUAGCAAUGUCAAUUCUGGAGGGCAUUUCUCAGGCAAUGACGGUGGAAACUGUUAUGAUAAUCCACAAGGUGGUGCUGAUUUCGGGAAUCCGAUUACACUCCCGAUUUGGCCAAUUCUUCCGUCACCUUAUUCUUGUUCUGGUUGUCAAACGCUUCGAGAAAUUAUCCACACUAAUGGGGUAACCAUAACAAACUUGGAAAUUCAUGGACGACUCGGGACAAACAUCACCCAUGCAAUUCUGGAUACGUACGACUUUAAUUAUUCUUCAGAAAACCAUACGUAUCAAAUGUUUGACUUUUCCAACGAGAGCAUCGACAGCAUAAAGAGUUUCUUACUCCAGUACUGUGAAUAUCGAAGGUUGGAAGGUUUUUCUUUGGUAGAAGAUCCUCUAACCGUUUUUUUCAAGGCGUUAUUGAUUGACAUUGAUGAUGUGGAGAACCAAAUUCCUUAUCUUCCCCAACCAACUGCAAUGGAUACAGAUAAUGACACAAUGCCACAGCAAGAAGUUACACCAAGCCAACUAAAUCCCACAAGUAAUCCCACGGGAAACGUCAACGACAAUCGCCAACAGUAUCCGGCGAGUGAUGCAAGUGGGAAUGCCAUCGAUCAUCGUCAACAAAAUCUCAGACAAGGAGGACGGGGCAAGUCUCCGUUAGCAAUUCAGAGGGAAAGAACGAAGAGGUUGAAGAUGAAAGAUUUCGCAAAAUACCUACAUCUUACUAUAGAAGAAGCUGCUAAGAAAAUGGAAGUUUGCCCUACUGUGAUCAAGAAGAAAUGUCGACAAGCUGGAAUAGGAAGAUGGCCUUACAGAAAGAUAAAAGGUUUUAAAAGGAUGAUAUCAAUCAAGAAACAACAGUUAGCUAAUGCCAGAACUGAUGAAGAAAGGAAUUCAAUCAAAGAAGAAAUAAAGAUGUAUGAGAAAGCAGUGUCUGACUUAUAUCUGGCAGUUCUACGUCACUGAGAUCGAUCAACGCAGUAGCAUUUGAACAAUGAAGGGUGGAAGAAUUCGUUGAUGGACUCUCGAAAUUCAGUUUUUUUUUUCCUUCUUUUUUUUUUUUUUUUUUGUUUCCGAUCGGAUGUUGGUGUCUUUUUGGGGGAUUGAAUGUUGGUGUGUCUUCUAAGAUCGAAGAACAUAUAUUUGGUCUUUAAUUAUUAUUCAAUUCAAUUUUAUCAUUGUUGUGCUUUGAAUGGGAACAUAUAUGGC